AUGGCCCUCACCACUCGUGCCAGUGCUAGACGACUUCCACCUACAAAGCAGAGCUCAGUAUCUCGAGCCGUGCGAGGCAAUAAGUCUAUGGCUUUAGGAUUGCGCAAAAGUCCAACUACGAAACCAACUAGAAAAUCAAAUCGAUCUACAAGUAAUUCUUCUAAAAAUACAACAGCAUCACGUCUUGACAACCCUCCGACAGAGGUUGAGAGUGAUAGUGAAGACGACUUGCCAAAUGACGAGGACAUUUACAAGGCGUUGUCAUCCGAGACUGACGAAUCCGACACUGGCGAUUUGGACUCGGACAAUGAGGACUCCGACAAUGAGGUUCUUGAAGCCCUUGCCCGAAGUGGACCAAAAACCAAGAAGCAAACCACCAGAGCUCCAAGAAGUAAUACGAAACGAGUCCGGCAGGAUCGGUCUCAAGAAACACCCCUUGCUAAACCUCUCGAUGAUCCUGACAACAUAACUGCACGUCUUGAGGCACAGUUUGCCAAUAGCCCUGCCAAUCCACUCGAUAAUUUUGAACUUGAUGAUGAAGUGCAAGACAAUUCAGUCCUGCCAACCAUUCAAAAUUAUCAAGCGCUAGUUAAGGAGUGGCCAAGAAAGCGUAUUACGAAGGUUCAGAAUUUACAGAAGAAGGUGACAUCAAUUCCCCCACACAUCUUAACCGAGGCGAAAGCAAUCAAGAAACUUUAUAAACAUCACAAGAGGAUGCUGGCGAUGAUGGGUAACAUCACACCAUACACUUUAGAUAAAAGCUUGGGUGAGCUGGGAGGUACACGGAUUCCUGAUGCAUAUCGACUUUGGUUGAAGUUUUCAGUUGAGGCUCGAAAACUAAACAUGCCCCGCAAAGGCCAGGCUGGAAAAUUAGGUGAUCGUAACCGUAAGCUGGGUGCUGCAUGGAAAGCGUUGUCUUCAAUUCAAAAGCGCGUGUUUCACCCUCGGGUCUUCUACACUUUAUCCGGUCUUCCGGCCCCAACUAGCGACAUGGACUCUGACGAUGAAGCAGAACCUAUUGAAUUGUCGCCUGAGGAUCGUGAGGAGCUCCAAAGGAUAUACGAUGAAGCUGUCUGUUCUUCGAAGGUUUGCCAAGUGUAUGCUAAGGCAUCGAGUGGUAUAACAGAAGGUCGAACAGUUCCCAAAUACAAUCGACUCUCUUUGAAGUGCGUUGAAAAGCUGAAUAAUCAGAUAGAAAACGAAGCAAAUCGCAUGGACUUUGGGUACUAUUUUCUUGCAUCUAGUACCCAUCCUGCCACUGGAGGUGAUUCUGCGGAUCCAGGGUGGUGUAAGGAGUAUACCUCCAACCAAGAGUUGGCGGAUUAUGUGCGUAGCAAGAGCGAUUUCCCGACCAUCUUUGCUGCACAGACCCAAGGUAUUGCGGUCGACAAAGUCAUUGCUAGUACAAUUGGCAAAAGGGAAAAGAUGAAAAUGAACGGUAAGCGUGUGGAUCCUGGUGAUAAGGUGAAGAGUGAUCUAGCAGCAUUGUUGAAAUCAGAUUUAGGGUUUCCUCGUGGACCGGAUCCAGCAAAGCUCCUGUUGGGGAAAGGAUGGAAAGUGAAGAUCAGGCAGCUGCCUGGGUCUAGCCUCCCCCCUGAAGUAUUGAUGUUGGGCUUCAACGCAAUGAACAGUCGCCGGUCACUUUGGUUGAAUGAUCUCCAGGCAGGCCUAUUUAAAUUUGAGAAGAUUCCCGAGGAUCAGGAUGACUUGAUAGCUGAUGAUGAGGAGGAACAAAAUAUUAGUGAUGAUCGGGAUAACUUGUUGGCUGAUAAUCGGGAGGAACCAUUGGAAAAUGACAAACAGCUUGAGCUUGGAAUCGAAGAGGAAGCUGAUGAAUGGAAUGGAAUUGGUGAAUAUGAGACUGACGGAUGA